AAUCGUAUCUGUCUCUCUCUCUCGAGUGCAAUUGAUAACGAUAAGUCAUAUCAUCAGUUUGCGUUUCGAGAAAUUUUGAUUUCCGUCUCCAAGACUGAUUGCAUCGCAUUGAAGGCCUUGAUUUCAUUUGUUUUGAGGAAAUUCGCGAUUCCGCAUUCAUUAUGAGGUUAUGUGUGUGUCCGUAAUCUAAAUUGGCGUAGAGAAGAACUCCUGUUGUUUCAAUGAAAUUGACGAAUUAGUUUACGUUAACUUGUAUUUAUCAGUUUUCUUCUCAUCUUUUUACAUUAGUCAGCAACUUAUAAUUCUGUUAAGUUUAACCAUGAAAUCUUGAAUUUUAGACUUGGUUGUGUUAUAAUGCCAAAAUCAAAGUCCCCCAGUUGAUAGUAAAAUGGACGAGCGAAAAUACAUUCGCGGCACCAGUAAAUCUUUCAAAAGUUAUGGGAGCACCAGUUCUUUUAAUGCUUUCAGGAAGCCGGAACAGUGCAUCAAGCAUAUCAUCGAAGAGAAAGACACAUUGCAAGGCAUAGCGCUGAAGUAUGGUGUAACAACCGAACAAAUCAGGAGGCUUAACAAAUUGUGGACGAACGAUAGUUUAUUUCUGAGGAAGAGUCUGUUGAUACCAGUCAGCAAUGAAAACGUUACUUCACCCUCCAACAUUUCACUUUUUGAUAAUGACCCAAAUAGCCCUUUCCAUAGCAGUGCAGAGUCUCAAGUUCCGAAUUUUAUGACAUCGUCAAAUAGCUACCCGCAGUCUCUCAACUCAUCCUCUAAAAUGAAGAACGACCAAAAUGACACUGAUGAAAUUGAUUUCAAUAGCUACCUAUGUCGAAUCGAUAGUGAUAUUGCAAAUACUAAGAAUCAAGUUCAACGAACUGAAGGAAACAGCUCCUUCAGUGGCGAGUCUCUGAGAGCUCGGGGUAAAAUUCCAAUGUCUAGAUUUCAAUUAGCAGAGCCCAAUGACACUAGUUACAAUGAUGUCGCAGUCAUCACAUCACAUGGAAGGCGAGUGAGAUCUUCUUUAGAGCGAUUGCAGCAAAAGCAAGAUGAACUCUUUCAGCUUUAAGUAACGUACAAUAGUUUCAAAGAUAUUUUUAUCAAACUAUAACGAA